CUCCAAACAAAAAUCUCUCCUCUUCCUCCUCCUCCUCUCCCACGAUCCCCACUCCCACCCCACCCCCUCGAUCCCAACUCCACCCAGCCGAGGCCAGCCCAGCAAAUCAUGGCGACGGUCACGCAGGGGGUGCUGCUGCGGCUGCUGCAGGCGAUGCACACGGAGGAGCGCGUGGCGGGGGAGCACCGUUCGCCGGUGCUGCAGGUCACGGGCGUGGUGCCGGCGCUGACAGCGUCCACCUCCGACGCGCCGCUGCUCGCCGCGCCGCCGUCCAACGGCGUGCUCCUCAACCUCUCCGACGGCCUCCACUCCACCUACGUGCAGGUCCCGCCCGCCGACGCCGACGCGCUGCUGGCCGCCGCGCGCCCGCACCUCGUGGGCCACCUCGUCCACCUCGACCGCCUCCGCCUCGCGCGCCCCGUGCCGCGCGCGCUCGGCCUCCGCACCGUCCCGUCCUCCCGCUCCCUGCCCUGCGCUGGCGCGCCCCAGCCGCUCGUCGUGCGCCCCGCCGCCUGCGCCCGCGGCUACGUCAUCCAGCCCGCCGCGUCCGCCGCCGACGCCGCGCCGCCGCUCAUGCCCUCCUGCCCCACCUCCUCCUCCGACGACAACGACGCCAAGCGGACCGUCCUCGGGCCCAAGAACGCCGUCGCCGACCCCGCGCCGCCGCCGCAGCAGCCCGUCAAGCGCCGGUUCUCGUCGCCGGCGCCGCCGUCCAAGCAGCGAGACCCGUCGCCCGCCGCCAAGCCCGCGGUCUCGCGGGCGUCGUCUCCCUCCGUCGGCAAAAGCGCGUCGCGGCCGUCCUCGCCCGCGCUCAGGUCCACGCCCAGGGCGACGUCGCCGGCGCCGUCCAAGUGCGUCGUGCCCAGCCUGGUCGCCGCCAGGGAGGAGAACCGGAGGGCGGCCAGGGAGCCGGCGAUCAUCGUGCCGUCGAGGUACCGCCAGCCGUCGCCGGCGGGCGGGAGGAGGGGCGCCGCAUCUCCGGCCGUCGCCGGUGGGAGGCGGGCGUCCCUGUCGCCUAGCUCGCGCCGGCUGUCCGGGGAAGGGACCGGCAAGAAGAAGGUUGGGGUGCUGGUGGCUGGGAUCUCCAAGAUGACGGAUCUGGGGAGCGGGUCGGCUGCCAAGCCCGGGAGGAAGAGCUGGGACGAUCCCACGCGCACUGUGGCUGCAACGUCCGUCAUGAAGUCUAAGGCCAAGGUGGACAAGGAUACCAUCCUCAGGACUCAGGAAGCAAUGUCGAGGCGGCUAAGUGAUGCUACGACGGAACAAUCCAGUAACGAUGAUUCAUCUGUUGACGAGAAGCCCAAGCAGCCUCGUAAGAAGAUAGACGCCCCUACCUCAGUGAAGGCAAAGACCGCAGCUCCGAAAAUUACACUUCACGACCCUAAAUGGACUGACGGCAGCAUUCCUUUGGACGCACUUCCUGAUAAACUCUCAAAAAUAGGAAAGGAAGCUUUUGAGCGGAGAGAUUCAGCAGCAACUGCUGCAGCUAGCGCCCUGCAAGAGGCAUUGAUCUCUGAAUCUGUGAUCAGGAACAUAAGCAAGUUCUCUGAAAUCUGCGCGUCCGCAAGGGUCUCCAAUCCGUUCCCAACAGUAGAUCUCUUCCUUGUCGUCUGUGAGGAUGCUCUCAAGUGGAAGACCAUCGCUGCCGAGUCUGUGGUGACCAACGGGGCUGAAGAGGAGGAACUGCUGGAGAAGAAAUCGACUUGGCACUGGGUCGGCGCUGCGUUAGCCACUGAUCUCGAGGUCCUCAAGCUUCUGAACGGUGCCACUGGGCCCUUCUCCCGGACGCGGAGCAGCGGCACUACCAACAAGCCAAAUGCAUCUUCGGUGGAACCGCCGAGGACAGCAAGCAUGUCGUCGAAGAAGCAAGCGCAUGGAGCUUCAGCCAAGGCGCAGUCUAAGGCGGCGGCGGUGUCACCAAGCUCCCCGCCGAGGUGCAGCACGUGGAACAUGGGCGAGACAGCUGAGCUCGCCAAGGCCCUGUGGCGCGAGAUGCGCGCGUGGUUCCUGACCUUCGUGGACGAGGCACUGGACGUGGGGUUCCACCUGUUCGAAGAUCAACAGAACGUCGCUGGCAAGGGGAGGCAGCACGGCGGCGGACACAUAACGAUGGUCCUCUCGCAGUUCAAGAAGAUCAGCGACUGGCUGGACCAGGUAGGGAAGAUCGCGGCGGCGGAGGAGGAGGAGCAGAGGACCAAGGAAAAGAUCGAGCUCUUGAAGCGCAAGAUCUACGGGUUUGUCAUUAGCCACAUGGGGUCUGCGUUGGAGAGCCCAGCAUCCGUCUCGGUUUCUUCGAGGAGCUGAGGGCUGUUAGUGGAUGCUUCAUGCUCUGAAGCUCGCUCUCUCUCUCUGCUCGCAGUUUCUGUUCGUACUGGUUCUUCAACUCGUUUAAGAUUGAAAAGGCCACACAGUCAUGUAGCCUGUUGUUGGCGCGGUUCUUUUGUGUUUUCUUUUUGGGAUGCCUAAUUUAUGUUGUGAAUAAAUUACCGUACUGUCAUUUUGGAUACGUGUCUGUUUGUCGGGUAGGAUUAUGAAUGAAAAGUUACUUGGUUCAGUUUGCAUAUGCA